AUGACGCAACGGCGGUUUCUGGAGACACAGCUGAGCAUGCCACCGUCGUACGGCAACAACACGCGCGACACGUUCAUCAGCGACGCCAACUUCGACACCAACAUGGUGAUCAUUCUGGCGGCGCUGCUGUGCGCGCUGUUAUGCGCGCUGGGGUUGAACUCCAUCGCGCGGUGCGCGCUGCGGUGCGGGCGGCGUUUCGGCGAUGAGACGCCGGAGCAGGCGGCGGCGCGCUUAGCGGGGACGGGGCUGAAGCGGCGCGAGCUCAGCCGCAUCCCGGUGGCGGUGUACGGAGCCUCCGGCGAGACCAUACCGGCGACGGAGUGCCCCAUAUGCCUCGGGGAGUUCGAGAAAGGGGACAGGGUCCGAAUGCUGCCAAAGUGCAACCACGGCUUCCACGUGCAAUGCAUUGACACGUGGCUCCUCUCCCACUCCUCCUGCCCCAACUGCCGCCACUCCCUCCUCGAGAAACCCGCCGCGCCGGAGAGUGGGACCCGCCCGCGCAGCGACAUCGUUGUGGUGGUGGAGCCGCUGAGUUGA